AGUGCAGUAGGCAAGAGAGAGUCGGCACCCCCCUCCUGAAGACGCAGGGGUACUGAGAGAGGAGAGAGCGGGCUGUUGAGGUCAGUAGGCAGGAGAGAGUCAGAGAGUGAGAGUGGAGUCGUUUUGCUGUGGCUCCUCAGUAAAGCCAAGUUGGAGACAGAAGGCAUUGUAUUGACAGCAGCAUGAUCCUUAUCACAUUUGGACUCUACCUUCCACUAUUGUUUUGUUAUGUCUUGUCUCAGUCCUCUUUCCUGGACAAUAUUCUCUCAUUCCCAGCAGCUCUCCAACAACAACCUGCCGUGGACCAGCAGAGGAAAUUCAACCCCUGUUGUUUACUGAGUCCACCCCCGCCCCCCCUAUACCCUCCUCCUCCCUCACUGUGGCAUCCCGGUGGUCAUAAUGAGGAGACCAGUAAGGGAGGUAAUCACAGACCAGAUCCAGAUACAGGGACGGAGCUGAAAGGGCCCAGCUGUGUCCCAGGCCCCCCUGGCCCCAACGGACCCCCCGGGCCUCAGGGUCCAGCUGGGCUACCAGGUCUGACGGGACCAAAAGGUGAAAAGGGGGAACUGGGACGACCUGGACAAAAGGGUCGGACGGGGCCUCCAGGUCUCCCGGGGCGCCAGGGACCAGCCGGGUGGCCAGGACCAAAUGGGCCCAAGGGGGAGAAGGGAGAUGGUGGAUUGAUGGGAAUACCUGGAGCAAGAGGACCUCUUGGACCUAAGGGUUUACCUGGAUACAAAGGAGAAAAGGGUUCCCGUGGUGACCGUAGUGAGAGAGGGAUGAAGGGAGACAAGGGCACAAUGGGCUUCCCUGGAAUGCUUGGACAGAAAGGGGAAAUGGGUCCAAAGGGAGAACCUGGAAUCUCAGGGAAUAGAGGACCGACGGGCAGACCAGGGAAGAGGGGCAAACAGGGAGGGAAGGGUGACAAUGGGAUUAUUGGCCCUCUAGGUCCAGCAGGUCCUCAGGGGCCCCCAGGCCACCCUGGUCCCCCAGGUCUCCCAGCCUCAGGACUCUACGUGGUUGGAACGAAAGGUGAGAAGGGGCUACCAGGUCUUCCUGGACCUUGCAGCUGUAACUCCAUUAGUGUGAAGAGUCCACAGUUUGAUGAACAUAGUUCCAGGAGCGACCACACCAAAGUGCCAGUGAUAUUUGUGGUAAACAAUCAAGAAGAACUAGAUCGUCUUCAUACGGACAAUGCCCUAGCCUUCCGGAAAGACCAGAGAUCGCUUUACUUCAAAGACACCAGCGGAUGGCUGCCCAUUCAGCUGACGCCGUUCCAGUCUACGGAGAACGCCCGGAAGGAGGGUUACUGUGGCGACGGGAUCGUUCAGAUCCCCAAUGGGGAGGAAUGUGACGACAGGAAUAGGAUUGUCACCGACGGCUGCGUCAAGUGUAAACAUGCUUACUGUGGAGAUGGUUAUCGCUACGACGGGGCCGAGGAAUGUGAUGGAAAGGACUUUGGCUAUCAGACAUGCAACUCAUAUCUCCCAGGGUCUUAUGGUCGUCUCAGAUGCACUCCGUACUGUGUCAUUGACUCUACAAACUGCAAGUAUUUCACAUGAGGAGGAACCUAGACACAGCAGUGGGAUCCUUCUUGUCUUGUUUGCUUUGGUACUGAACAGGAUGACGGUAAUGCAAAUAAAAGAUCAACAACAACACUGCAA